AUGUCGCCUGUUGCAAUUCCUGCUGUUACGCGCGAGUUCCGCUUGACCAAGCAAACUGGAAUAGAGGCACUGAGGCUGACACAGUCAUCGGUGCCGACGAUCAAAGAUGGAGAGGUUCUUGUGAAGAUACACGCUGUCUCGUUACAGUACCGUGAUCUAAUCAUCACAAAUGGCACGUACCCUAUGGGAGCUGGAGAAAACAUUGUCCCAGGUUCUGAUUGUGCCGGUGAGGUCUUGAGCGUUGGUAGCAAUGUCAAGAAUUUCAAGCCAGGAGACCGUGUCUCUGCGAAUUUUGCGUUGGAGCAUAUCCACGGAGACAUCGAAAGUGAGGAGCAGCGGGCUACAGGCCUCGGCGGUCUCAUUGACGGUGUACUCACCGAAUGCCGCACUUUUCCGGCUUAUAGUCUCGUGAAAAUACCGGAUUAUCUAUCGUAUGAAGAGGCUUCCACGCUUCCUUGUGCUGCCCUUACUGCUUAUAAUUCUCUCUUUGGAGACAUACCUUUGAAAGGUGGCGAUACCGUCCUUGUCCAGGGGUCGGGCGGAGUUUCGGUGUUUGCACUACAGAUUGCACGUGCUAAUGGUGCAAAUGUUAUUGCAACAACUUCGUCGGCGCAGAAGGCCGAAGUCUUGAAGAAACUUGGUGCUACGCAUGUCAUCAACUACAAACAAACACCGAAGUGGGAUGAAGAAGUCCUUAAGCUUACGAAUGGACGCGGCGUUGACCAUAUUGUCGAAGUUGCUGGAGCUGGAACAAUUCUGCAAUCCAUCAACGCGCUUCGGUACUCAGGAUCGAUCCAUUCUGUCGGCUUCCUCGCCCAUGUAACGCUACUUGGCAAAGCUGUCCGUUUGCGUGGUGUUCUCAUUGGUCCGCGGAAGCAAUUCGAGAACAUGAACCGCUUGUUCGACGCUACGAAGAUUAAACCCGUUGUUGACCGCGUGUUUGCGUUUGAGGAUUAUCCACAAGCAUUGCAGUACCUGGCUUCUCAGCAGCAUGUUGGGAAAGUCGUCGUCAAAGUUACGAAUUGA